AUGACACACAAAGUUGUUUUGUCUCUUUUCUCUUUUCUGCUGCUCUUAUUGAUUAAUGGAGAAGGAAGCUUUGCUAGAUAUAUAAAACUUCCACAAGAGAAUGUAGAAGAAAAACAAGUUGAUCAGCCUUAUCUUGAUGGUUGGCUCAAAAAUCCAUUGAAGAAUCAAAAACUCAUUCCUAACUCCAACCAAGUUUAUCUUGAUGGAUGGUUGAAAGAUACCCGAUCUAAAAAAGCAAAAUCUAAUUCUGACUCCAACCAAGUUUAUCUUGAUGGAUGGUUAAAAGAUACCCGAACUGAGAGAACAAAAUCUUCACCUGACUCCAAUAAUGUAUACCUUGAUGGAUGGUUGAAAGAUACUCGAGAUGAGAAAACAAAAUCUAUCUCUCACUCAAACCAAGUUUAUCUUGAUGGAUGGUUGAAAGAUAUCAGAGCUGAGAAAACUAAGUCCACCCCUAACUCAAACCAAGUAUAUCUUGAUGGAUGGUUGAAAGAUACCCGAGAUGAGAAAACAAAAUCUACCUCUGACUCAAACCAAGUUUAUCUUGAUGGAUGGUUGAAAGAUAUCAGAGUUGAGAAAGCUAAGUCCACCCCUAACUCAAACCAAGUUUACCUUGAUGGAUGGUUGAAAGAUACCCGAGCAGAGAAAACAAAAUAUACCCCGAACUCCAACCAAGUUUACCUUGAUGGAUGGUUGAAAGAUACCCAAACAGAGAAAGCAAAAUCCACCUCUAACUCCAAUCAAGUUUACCUUGAUGGAUGGUUGAAAGAUACCCGGAUUGAGAAAGCAAAAUCUACCGCAGACUCCAACCAAGUUUACCUUGAUGGAUGGUUGAAAGAUAUCAGAGUUGAGAAAGAAAAGUCCAUACCUAACUCUAACCAAGUUUACCUUGAUGGAUGGUUGAAAGAUACCCGAGCAGAGAAAGCAAAAUCCACCUCUGAAUCCAAUCAAGUUUAUCUUGAUGGAUGGUUGAAAGAUACUCGAGUAGAGAAAGAAAAAUCUGCCUCUGACUCCAACCAAGUUUAUCUUGAUGGAUGGUUGAAAGAUAUCAGAGCUGAGAAAGAAAAAUCCAUGCCAAACUCCAACGAAGUAUACCUUGAUGGGUGGUUGAAAGAUACCCAAGCAAAAAAAGAAAAAUCCACCUCUGACUCCAACCAAGUUUACCUUGAUGGAUGGUUGAAAGAUAUCCGAGCCGAGAAAACAAAAUCCACUUCUGAAUCCAAUCAAGUUUACCUUGAUGGAUGGUUAAAAGAUAUCCGAGACGAGAAAGCUAAAUCUACCCCUGACUCCAAACAAGUUUACCUUGAUGGAUGGUUAAAAGAUACUCGAAACUAG